AUGUACGUGGAACAACGCCGCGCGGGGGUGGCACAAACGCUUGAAACAGCACCAAGUUCGGAUGCUGAAGAAGAGCGAUAUCGAACGUUGUAUAAUUUCUCCGUUCGAAAUAAAACACCGGCUGAAAUGUACGCAGGAAGCCGACAACUUGAGCGAUGUGUCCGCGCUCUAGUCGUCAUGAUGCAGCUUUCGUGA